CGCUCCCCCACCCCCGAUGCGGAGGAGCCGCCGCUGGGGCCAUGCAGCCGCCGCAACAGCCCUACGACUUCUUCAGCGAAGAGAACCACCCGAAAUGGCGGGGCCUCUUCGUCCCGGCCCUGCGGAAGGUUCAGCAUCAAGUUCACCCCAAUCUCUCAGCAAAAGAAGAUUCUCUAUAUUAUAUUGAAGAGUUGAUCCUUCAACUGCUAAAUAAAUUAUGCAUUGCACAGCCAAGAACUGUUCAAGAUGUAGAGGAACGUGUUCAAAAGACUUUUCCUCAUCCAAUUGACAAGUGGGCUAUCGCUGAUGCACAGUCUGCCAUAGAAAAACGAAAACGAAGGACCCCUCUCUUGUUACCUGUGGAUAAAAUUCAUCCUUUAUUGAAGGAAGUUUUAGGGUAUAAAGUAGAUUAUCAUGUCUCUCUUUAUAUUGUGGCUGUAUUGGAGUAUAUCUCAGCUGAUAUUCUGAAAUUGGCUGGUAAUUAUGUUUUUAAUAUCAGACAUUAUGAAAUAUCCCAGCAGGACAUUAAAGUAUCAAUGUGUGCAGAUAAGGUUUUAAUGGACAUGUUUGAUCAGGAUGACAUUGGUUUGGUUUCGCUCUGUGAAGAUGAACCCUUUUCUUCAGGUGAACUAAAUUACUAUGAUUUAGUCAGAACUGAAAUUGCAGAAGAAAGACAAUAUCUACGGGAAUUAAAUCUGAUAAUAAAAGUAUUUCGGGAGGCUUUCCUUUCAAACAAAAAGCUGUUUGCAUCUUCUGAUAUUGAAGGGAUAUUCAGCAACAUUUUAGAUAUUCAUGAAUUGACUGUAAAGCUUUUAGGCUUGAUUGAAGACACAGUUGAAAUGACUGAUGAAAGCAGUCCUCAUCCCUUAGCUGGCAGCUGUUUUGAAGAUCUAGCAGAAGAACAAGCAUUUGAUCCAUAUGAAACCUUGUCACAGGAUAUUCUUUCACCACAAUUUCAUGAACGUUUCAAUACUUUGAUGGCCAAACCUGCUGUUUCUCUACAUUUUCAGUCCAUUGCUGAUGGCUUUAAGGAGGCUGUACGGUAUGUUCUUCCACGCCUUAUGCUAGUGCCAGUUUACCAUUGUUCACACUAUUUUGAAUUAUUAGAGCAAUUGCAAGAAUGCAGUGAAGAGCAAGAAGACAGAGAAUGUUUGAAACAAGCUAUUACUGCUCUUCUGAAUUUCCGUUGUAGCAUGGAACGGAUUUGCAACAAGCAUUCACCUAGACGGCGACCUGUGGAUCCUGUUUGUCGAUUUUAUAAUCGUCAAUUACGGAGCAAGCAUCUGGCCAUAAAGAAAAUGAAUGAAAUUCAAAAAAAUAUUGAUGGAUGGGAAGGCAAAGAUAUUGGCCAAUGUUGUAAUGAAUUUAUAAUGGAAGGCCCAUUGAUAAGAAUAGGAGCUAAACAUGAACGCCAUAUUUUUCUUUUUGAUGGCUUAAUGAUUAGUUGUAAAACUAAUCAUGGACAGUCCCGGAUUCCAGGUUAUAGCAAUGCAGAAUACAGGUUGAAAGAAAAAUUUAUCAUGAGGAAAAUACAAAUUUGUGAUAAAGAUGACACUUCUGAAUACAAGCAUGCCUUUGAGUUGAUUUCCAAAGAUGAAAACAGCAUUAUAUUUGCUGCCAAGUCCAUUGAAGAGAAAAACAGUUGGAUGGCAGCCUUGAUUUCUCUUCAGUAUCGUAGUACACUAGAUCGAAUGCUAGAUUCAGUAUUAUUAAAGGAAGAAAAUGAGCAACCACUGAGGUUGCCAAGUCCAGAAGUAUAUCGCUUUGUUGUGAAAGACUCGGAAGAAAACAUUGUUUUUGAAGACAAUUUGCAAAGUGGAAUCCCUGUCAUUAAAGGAGGAACUGUGGUGAAAUUGAUUGAAAGGCUAACAUACCACAUGUAUGCAGAUCCCAAUUUUGUGCGUACUUUUCUUACAACCUAUCGUUCAUUUUGUAAACCACAGGAAUUGUUGAAGUUAUUGAUUGAACGAUUUGAAAUCCCUGAGCCAGAACCUACAGAAGCAGAUAAAUUGGCAGUAGAGAAAGGAGAGCAACCAAUCAGUGCAGAUCUGAAACGGUUUCGCAAAGAAUAUGUCCAACCAGUACAACUUAGGAUACUAAAUGUAUUUCGCCACUGGGUAGAACAUCAUUUUUAUGAUUUUGAGAGAGAUCUGGAGUUACUUGAAAAAUUAGAAUCCUUUAUUUCAAGUGUAAAAGGAAAAACCAUGAAGAAGUGGGUAGAAUCAAUUGUUAAAAUCAUCAAGAGGAAAAAACAAGCUCAGGCAAAUGGAAUUAGCCAUAAUAUUACUUUCGAAAGCCCACCACCAUCAAUUGAGUGGCAUAUUAGCAGACCAGGACAAUAUGAAACAUUUGAUCUCAUGACCCUUCAUCCAAUAGAAAUUGCACGUCAACUAACACUUCUGGAAUCUGACCUCUACAGGGCAGUGCAGCCUUCUGAACUUGUGGGAAGUGUGUGGACUAAAGAAGAUAAGGAAAUAAAUUCCCCAAAUUUAUUGAAAAUGAUUCGGCAUACUACAAAUCUUACUCUCUGGUUUGAAAAGUGCAUAGUAGAAGCAGAAAACUUUGAAGAGCGAGUGGCAGUAUUAAGUAGGAUUAUAGAAAUUUUGCAAGUUUUUCAAGACUUGAACAAUUUCAAUGGUGUAUUAGAGAUAGUCAGUGCAGUGAAUUCAGUACCUGUGUACAGAUUGGACCACACAUUUGAAGCAUUACAGGAAAGAAAACGCAAGAUUUUAGAUGAAGCUGUAGAAUUAAGCCAAGAUCACUUUAAAAAAUACCUAGCAAAACUUAAAUCAAUCAACCCACCUUGUGUGCCUUUUUUUGGAAUAUAUUUAACAAAUAUUCUGAAAACUGAAGAAGGGAAUAAUGAUUUCCUUAAAAAACAAGGGAAAGAACUAAUCAACUUUAGUAAAAGAAGGAAAGUAGCUGAAAUUACUGGAGAGAUUCAGCAGUAUCAGAAUCAGCCUUAUUGUUUACGGAUAGAAUCAGAAAUAAGGAGGUUCUUUGAAAAUCUCAACCCUAUGGGAAAUGCAUCAGACAAAGAAUUUACAGAUUAUUUAUUCAAUAAAUCACAAGAAAUUGAACCCCGAAACUGUAAACAACCACCUCGAUUUCCUAGGAAAACAACUUUCUCCUUAAAAUCUCCUGGUAUAAGGCCACAUGCUGGCAGACAUGGCUCUACUUCAGGCACUUUACGAGGUCACCCAACACCAUUAGAAAGAGAACCAUGUAAAAUAAGCUUCAGUCGGAUAAAUGAGGCUGAGCAUGAAUCAGCAGCAUCAGCACCAACCUCUCCAAACACACCAUCUACUCCACCAGUCUCUGCUUCUUCAGAACUCAGUGUAUUUUUAGAUAUAGAUCUUAACAGUUCUUGUGGAAGCAACAGCAUCUUUGCCCCAGUGGUCUUACCACAUUCAAAAUCUUUCUUCAGUUCAUGUGGUAGUUUACAUAAAUUAACUGAAGAGCCACUGGUUCCUCCUCCUCUUCCUCCUCGUAAAAAGUUUGAUCAAGAUGUUUCAGCUUCUAAGGGAAACUUGAAAUAUGAUGAUGAUCCUCCUGCUAUUCCACCAAGGCAGCCACCACCUCCAAAGAUAAGACCUCGAGUUCCUGCUUACAGUGGUCCAUUUGAAGGGCCUUUGCCUAGCCCACCACCACCACCUCCACGAGACCCUCUUCCUGAGACUCCUCCACCAGUACCCUUUCGGCCUCCUGAACAUUUCAUAAACUAUCCAUUUAAUCUUCAGCCACCACCAAUGGGACAUACUCACAGAGAUCCAGAUUGGUUCCGGGAAGCCAGUACAUGCCCAAACUCACCGAAUACUCCUCCAAGCACACCCUCCCCAAGGGUGCCACGUCGCUGCGUGCUCAGUUCUAGUCAAAAUAAUCUUGCUCAUUCUCAAGCUCCCCCUAUCCCACCAAGACAGAAUUCAAGCCCUCACUUACCAAAACUGCCACCAAAGACUUACAAAAGAGAUCUUUGUCAACCUCCUAUGUACAGAUUGUCAUUGUUAGAAAAUGCAGAAACUCCUCAGUGACCUUAGCCAUAUUUAGUCAUUGACACUGGAAUAGUAUUUGUAAAGUUCCUUUUUUAUUUAUUCAAAACAAGGCAAGGUAUUUUAGUAGUUUUGCAAGUAAUUCUCAUAUAAUUGCUUACUGAUGAAAUAAGCUUUUAAAAAUUGGGGAAAUAAAAUUGUUUUAAAGCACACAAGUCCUUCAGCAUUGCCCUCAGGUGAUAGUAGCAUUACUGUGUGUUGGAUCCUCAGUGCUACCAGUGAUUAGGCCAGUAUAAAAAAUUUGUAUUUUGCAAUGAAUUUACAUUAAAUUAGUUUAACCAUUGUUUGCACUGGAAAGAAAGAGACAGUGCAUUUAUGGAAUUUUUCAAAUUUGACUUCUAGAGGCCUUUUUAAGAAAAUGAAUUUACACAAGUAUAGGGAUGUAGUGUUACUCCUUUUUAAACUUUUUGGCUACUCACUUUCUAGUUUUAUCUUCAUCUAGGAAAGUUGUGUUCUCAAACUCUUGAAUGUCAUGUCUUAAAAGGCAUUUUUGCUGUUGAUGACUAAAAAGAAAAAUGGAAUGAAAAUCAAAACAAAGAUAUCAGAAUGCACUGUUUUUAUUGUUUUGGCAGAAUGUAAACAAAGAUUACCCAGCCCAUUGUGGGGUUGGGAAGGGAGGGUAUAAAGCCUGUGUAUCUUUAGCAUGAAUCUUUUUCAGAUGUGCCUUUUUGUUUUGUCAGGCAGAUGUCUUUAGAUAAUGUUGCCUGCUGUUUUGGAGAACAAAGCUAAUAUGCUAUGUAUGUACAAUUUUGUUUAUAUUGUAUAUUUACAGACAAUGCUAAUAACCUAUAUAAAUUUAAGUGACUCAAGGCCUAUAAUUCAGUCUGCUACUUUGCAAAUUCAUACCAUUCAAAGGAAAGUUUUCAGUGGAAUAGCAACCAUGUCUUGCUUUCAAAUCCUAAUGACCUACUCUCUGAAUAUCAUUGCAUUUAUUGUAAUUUUUAAAAAUCCUUUUUGAAGAUUGGUAGUAUUUAAGUCACCUUUAUUAAACUUUUAAAACAGAAAAGUACACAAAACUUUUCUUUUACUGUUUUGACUACCUUGUUCAAAUUGGUGAAUGAAUCUGUUUUAAUGGUAGUACUACUGUAGCAGCACUUGUAAAGUGGCCAAAAGCCACUUUUUAUUUACUGAUCUGUGGUCUUUUACUGUGCUUUGUAUCAGAGUUCUUAACAAGAUUAAUAAAUCACCUCAGUCUUAAUUUUUCA